UAACUUCAGGGACUCCAGUGAAAAUGACCAUGAUAAUCUUGAUAUCAAAUGAAAAACCCCAAACAGAACACAGAUGAACUAGAACCCUUUCUCCUUCCUUCUUCUUUCUCGCAUAAAAAAAUAAAAAAAAGUUUAACAAUGUGGCGCACAAUAGACAGUCACUUGAAAACAAUUCGAUUACCAGUCCGUACAAUUCUCUUUUCAAAAUCUCCAUUAAACCCUGAUUAUCACUCUCUUCCUCUCCUAAAACCCUAUCCUCGCCAUUUCUCUCUUCCUAAAACCCUAACCCUGUCUCUUUCCACUUUUAGUGGACGCUCACAUUAUUAUGAUUCCACCACCACUAAUUUAGGCAUUUUGAGAUGCGUAUCUUCGCUUUCCUCCGCCUCCGCACCGCUGCCGCCACCGCCGCACACGGCGGUUGAUUGGAACGAGCCGGUUUCUGGCACUGAAGUUGGCGAUGGUAGUGGAUAUCGUUCUGUUGAAGAGGAUUCUAAACUCUCGAUUCCUGUUCGUGCUUAUUUCUUCUCCACUAGUGUGGAUUUGAAGAGCUUAGUGGAACAGAACAAACCCAAUUUCAUUCCACCAACUUCUCGUAUGACUAACUACGUUGUUCUUAGGUUUGGAAAUUUCUUUGAACUCAGUGCUUUGGGCAGUUGCAUAAAUGGAAGCAAUUGCUGUUACAUGGUAGUGUUUCAAUAUGGAUCUAUUGUCUUGUUUAAUGUUCGUGAGCAUGAGGUUGAUGAUUACUUGAAAAUUGUAAGAAACCACGCAUCAGGAUUGCUUCCUGAAAUGAGAAAGGAUGAAUAUGAGGUGAGAGAGAAGCCAACUUUGAACACGUGGAUGCAAGGUGGGUUGGAUUACAUAAUGUUGCAGUUCUUGAAUAUUGAUGGAAUCCGUACAAUUGGUAGUGUUCUUGGUCAAAGUAUUGCUCUUGAUUAUUAUGGACGCCAGGUUGACGGGAUGGUUGCUGAAUUUACUGAUAUAAAUCGUGGGAUGGAGAAGACUGGAACAUUUUCCAUGGAUAGCAAAAAACUUUUUCAAAUAGUGGGGAAAGCAAAUUCUAAUCUUGCUGAUGUGAUUCUUAAGCUGGGACUCUUUGAGAGAUCAGAUAUUGCUUGGAAAGAUGCCAAAUAUGCUCAGAUAUGGGAAUAUUUAAGAGAUGAAUUUGAAUUAACUCAAAGAUUUGCAAGUCUUGAUUUCAAAUUGAAGUUUGUAGAGCAUAAUAUUCGCUUUCUUCAGGAAAUUCUGCAAAAUAGGAAGUCAGACUUCUUGGAAUGGCUCAUCAUUGUGUUGAUUAGUGUUGAAAUCAUUAUAUCUGUAUUUGACCUUGCUCUGAGGUCAGGAUUUAAAUUCUUCAAAUUGUUUUAACAUUGAUGUCCAGUCACGCUUGAAAUUUUUCUGAUUCAAACUGGCACCAAUUGUAUAGUUUUCUUCUAAUGCCAAAAUAUUCUGUUCCCUGUAAGUAAUCAUAUGAUACAUGCGACUUUGGUGCCUGGUCAUAGUAUGGAGCUUUUCCCAACUUUUCGUUGUGAUGAUUUUGAUGCUUAGUUAUAUAAUAUAGAGCUGUUUUUACUGAA